AUGCUGAAGCGCCAGGAAAAAAGUUCUUUAGAAGAAAGGGAACCUGCUCCAUCGCCUGUUGCACUCCAGCACCCGCUUCGCUGUGUGGCACCACGUAGCUACGCGCGAAUACGAUUGAGAGUGCGAGAAGGCACCCUGCAGCUUCUAGUUAAGCACUGUGUGGUCAGCUCCCCAUUCAUUGCCCAUUCUGCAUGGCAUUUUCUCCUGCUUUGUGAUUAUCACUGCUGUAUAAUCUGUUUUAAUUUUUUUUCAGAGCAGUUGAACAGAUUUGCAGGCUUUGGUAUUGGCCUUGCAAGCCUAUUUACAGAAAAUGUGUUGGCACAUCCUUGUAUUGUUCUACGUCGCCAGUGUCAGGUCAACUACCAUGCUCGGAAUUAUCAUCUCACUCCGUUUACUAUUGUUAAUAUUAUGUAUAGCAUCAAUAAGACGCAGGGUCCAAGAGCUCUCUGGAAAGGAAUGGGCAGCACUUUCAUUGUUCAGGGCAUAACCCUGGGAACAGAAGGCAUCAUCAGUGAAUUUACACCUUUGCCAAGGGAGCUUUCACAUAAAUGGAACCUCAAGCAGAUAGGUGGCCACCUUCUGCUGAAAGGUUUAACAGAUGUGAUAGCAAUGCCUUUUUAUUCUGCGAGCCUGAUUGAAACUGUACAGAGCGAAAUAAUUCGAGAUAAUCCUGGCAUCCUGGACUGCGUGAAAGAAGGAAUCGGCAGAGUUGUAGGCAUGGGAGUACCGCACAGUAAGCGUCUCCUUCCUCUGAUGGUCUUGACUUUUCCAACUGCUCUACAUGGUGUUCUUCACUACAUCAUUAGUUCCAUCAUCCAGAAGCUUGUUUUGUUUGUUCUGAAAAGGGAUAAUUCCCACAACCUUCCAACUGAGAGCUCCGCUUCUGUGCAGAGCAUGCUGGAUGCGUAUUUUCCAGAACUAAUUGCUAGCUUUGCUGCUAGCCUUUGUGCUGAUGUCAUGCUUUACCCACUGGAGACAGUUUUACACCGCCUUCAUAUUCAAGGGACACGCACAAUAAUUGACAAUACAGACCUUGGCUAUGAAGUGCUUCCAAUCAAUACUCAGUAUGAGGGAAUGAGGGACUGCAUAAAUACUAUAAAACGGGAAGAAGGAAUGCUAGGUUUUUAUAAAGGAUUUGGAGCUGUUAUAGUACAGUAUACCUUGCAUGUGGCAGUUUUACAGCUUACCAAAAUUAUUUACUCAACACUGCUUCAAAAUGUUUCUUAAUCUGUUCGAGUGUGGAUUCAGCACAGUGGACAUGAUUGAUUUACUAACCUAAUUAUUAUUUAAAAUGGCUUAGAAAAUGAAGUUUGAAGAAUCUGCUCUGUGGAUUCUCCUUUCACUGUAAAAGAACUUGUUUUAAAAAUGGGGAUAUAGAUUCCUAAGUGUAAUUAAAAAAGUACUGUUUAAAAAUAUAGACACAAAUACAAUGUGCAGUCAUAGAGAAGGGAAUCAGAUUUCAGGUGUGGUUGGAGUGAAGGUUUACCUUUCCUCUUACCAGUUAACUGACUGAAGGAAUGGAUACAAAUUCUUAAUACCAGCUUUACAAGCAU